AUCCAUGUGUAGGGGGCUACAAGCAAAUACACAGCUGACUGUAAGGGAAGGGCUGAGAUGUUGUCCUAGAAGGACCUGCGCUACUGCGUGCGUUUGCAUUCUGAUGCCCUAUACCCAGAAAGAAUGAAGAAAUCUAUUUUUCCCUCUUUUUCCAUCUUUUCUCCUUCCUUUCUAAGAUCCGCUCUCCGUCCUCCUUUAAUUUCCUGACACUUUUACGUGUAACCUCCUCUUCCUCCUCGUCCUCACUAUCCCUGCAGCUGGAAGUGUUUCCUUUCUGUGCCGCAGAAGAAGGGGGGGAGGGAGGAAGUCACAGGCAGGAGAGGGAGACGCAUACUUGUGUGGGAUGCAGUGAAACUCCGCGGUGCAACAUCUGGGAUCCUUCCAUCCCUCCGCUCUUCCUCUGCCUUCGGCGUCCACUGUUUUUGGGUCUUCUGUUCCCCAUUCCCUUGCACUUUCACCUCCCCCAACCCUUCUGCUCGGACUCAUUGUCCCUUCUGGAUGUCCCCUCCCUGAGACAGCCUGGAGGAGAGCGUGUCAGCUGGUGGGAUGUGGAGAUCGGGGCAGGCCGCUCUGGUAGAUGGGGGUCCCCAGCUCCACUGCUCCCCUUCAUCUGAGGACUGGACGACUCCUCCAAGGCCGGAAUCUCCCAGACCCAUCACGGAACGGCCAAAAGAUCCCCCGACCUAUGACCUGUCUCGCCUGCGCAGCUCCUCUGUGGAAAUCAGAGAGAAGGGCUCGGAAAUUCUCCGAGAUGAGCUUUUGAAAGCCCAGAAGGAGCUAAAGCUGAGAGAUGAGGAAUGUGAGAGACUGUCCAAGGUCCGGGAGCAGCUGGAGCAGGAGCUGGAGGAGCUGACAGCCAGUCUAUUUGAGGAGGCUCACAAAAUGGUGCGCAACGCUAACCUCAAACAGGCUGCGUCAGAGAAACAGCUACGGGAAGCUCAUGGGAAGAUCGACAUGCUGCAGGCUGAAGUCACGGCUUUGAAGACUCUUGUCAUCACCUCCACUCCAUCUUCUCCAAACCGUGAUCUGCACCCCCAGCUCCAAAGCCCCUCGAAGAAUGCACUACGCAAAGGCCAUGCUCGGAACAAGAGUACCGGUUGUGCGGCUGUCAUGCCAAUCUCCCCUCCUCCCCAACUAAUCAGCACAGAGGCCAAAGAGGUGGACACCAUUCUGUAUUCAGAGUUUAUGGAGUGGAAGGAAAAUCCGACACUUGACAAAUCCUGUCCCUUUCUGUCUCGUAUCUACCAAGAGGAUAUUAAGCCAUGCUUGGACUUUGCAAAAAAAGAGUUGUCAGAGCAGGUUUGCAUUGCUGUAGAAGAUAACACUUUGUCGGUAGAACCGGUGACGCAGCCAACUCUACCCGUUGUGAAAGCAUCGGCUGUAGAACGUGGAGGACCCAGUGGGAGUCGGGUGGAGGUUUUAAUGAAAUGUGCACUCAGUGGUUUGUCGCGUUCAUGUCGCCACCGCAUUAAAAUGGGAGACUCUGGGAAUUAUUACUUCAUCUCACCAUCCUGCCGGUACAGGAUAACAGCAGUCUGCAAUUUCUUCACUUACAUCCGUUACAUACAGCAAGGUUUGGUACGCCAGGACACGGAGCUGAUAUUCUGGGAAAUCAUGAGACUCCGACGUGAAAUGUCAUCUGCCAAACUUGGGUUCUAUCCCAACGAGUCCUAAAAGUGUCAGAAGAACUUGGGCCACCGGAACAAGACUUAAAGUAAAUCACCAAACUGCUGCUGCGGGUCAAGUAAAACGGAGGGGCACAAAUAUGUGCUCAACACAACUGGAUCUGUGUGGAGUGUGUGUUAUCCCCUCCUAUAUGGUACAGAAUGCACAUAUAAUUACAGACACUUUACAGGAUAGUUCAAAUGAUGGCGUGCGCUAGCCCACCUAAUUACAUAUUUACUUCUUGGAAUUUGCACAAGACAGAUCAAAGUCUAACUUCCGGUUGGUUGCUUUGGGUUAAUCUACAUUUAGACUUUAGCUUCCCUGUUAGUAAAUGCCAUAUCACAUAGUGCUUUGCUAUAAGCCAGGGCUGUUGAUGAUAAAACGAUGUUCUAGCACCUGCUUUGUCACAGAACCUUGUGUCACCGAGGUGCAAUGCUGCUUCCUACGUCUUCAAGAAAACAGCAUCGUGGUCCAAUGCAGGUCUAUAUCUCCCCAAUCUCCACCACUUAGUGAACUUUGUCUGAUGUGUUCCUUCAAGGAUCAUCAUGAUAAUUUUGUGAAUAUCCUUUAAAGAAGCGUUCUGGGAAUUUUUUUAUAUCAUUGCCCCCAUUUGUAAACUACAUGAUCUUACCGGCUGCUUUAUUGCAGAAUUAUCAGCUCAGUUCUGGUCCACUGUCACAACACAUGACUCGCAGUCUGACUACCCAAGUCCUAUUCUGGGGUGUAGACCAGAAAUCAGUCUCUCCAUGAAAUCCCAUGAGCUCCUCAAUGUGAGUCUCAUAGGUUUGCAUAGACAGACUUCAGGUCCACACAGCAGAUGCUGUAGUACUCUGGUAGUCAGAUUGCAGGUCAAGAAAUACGAUGAUAUUUCUGUAAAAAGCAGAUGAUUGACUGUAUUAUCAUACCCCU